AUGGACCUCGAGGCUGUUCUUAGCCUCUUCGAUUCAUGCUGGUUCAAUCUCCAAAUCCUCAAUAAACAUUCAAAUCCUACCCCUACAUUAAAUUCACCUGAAAACCCAGAUCGCAAAAUUCAAGAAGAUUCACCAGAAAUUGCAAAAGAUCCAUCCCUGUUAGAAAAAAUCCAACUUGGGUCACAAAGUGAUGGUUUGAGCUACAAUUCAGACUCUUUCUCUCCUGAUUCAGUUCUCCCAAUAACCCAUUUUCAACCAGAUCCUAUAAAAGCAGAACCAAAAAAGAUAAAGGGUAAACGAAAAGAAAGGAAAAGAAGAACAAGAAGAACCAAAAAGGGUCUUAGUAAGAGCUUAUCCGAGCUAGAAUAUGAGGAGCUAAAAGGGUUUAUGGAUCUUGGAUUUGAAUUCUCAGAGGAGGAUGUAAAUUCCAGUUUGGUUGAGGUUAUACCAGGGUUACAGAAACUGGGCAAAAACAGGAGUAGUGAUGAUCAAGAAAAAGUGAAUUUUCUUGAGAAGUCUGAUCUGCACUCAAGAGCAAUCAGGCCUUAUCUUUCUGAAGCAUGGGAAGUUUUUGAAAGGAAGAAGAAAAUGAAUUCAUUGAUGAACUGGAGAAUACCUGCAACCAGCAAUGAAAUUGACGUUAAACAUAGUCUCAAAUGGUGGGCACAUACUGUUGCUUCCUCUGUUAAACAACAAAACAAAGGCUAA